AUGUCUAAAUUAUAUAAGAAUGCAUCGCAAAACAAUUUCUAUCAAUCCCAAACUAUUCCAAAAUUCAGGCCUCCUAAUCCUGUCGGUCCGUCAUUGCCUAAGUACAAUGAUUGGUUGGGAUCUGAGGAAGGCAACGCUUUAUUAAAUGCACUGAAAUAGGAAAAUCAUGUCUUGAAGGAACAUAAUAAAACAGUAGAAGGGUAUCUCAAAAAUGUGGUUAAGGUAUUUGAAUCAUUGAAUCUUGAAAACUCAAAUCUGAGAAAAGAAAUUGAAUAAAGAACAGAAGAUUUGCAACGGGUAAUUGAAUCCACAGCCACCAAUCAAACUUUAAAUGAGUAGGAUCUGAGACAUUAAAUAUAAUUGUAUGAAGAUGAACUUGGAGUACUCAAUUAACAUAUAAGCAAUAUUAAAGGAGGAGAUCAAUUGCAAAAGUCUUUAUUGGAGGAGAAGGAGAAUUAGCUUAAGAAAUCUAAGGAAUUGAUUUAGAAAUUGGAGUCGAAUCUAACUAGUAUGUAUUAAAAGGAGAAAGAUGUGUCAAAUGAGGCACAAACUAAAGACAUAAAAAUAAAAGAAUUAACUGAUAAAUAUAAUGAAUUGAAUAAAAAGUAGAAACCGUUGGAGGAGAAGGUCAGAUAAUUAAAUUAGCAAAAUGAUAGUUUGGUUUAAAAAGUUAAUUCGUUGGAGAGUGCAAAAAAGAAAUUAGAAGAUGAUGAAGCAGCAAAAUUCAAAGAUAUAUACACACAAAACUAUUCUCAGAAAACUGACUUGGAACAUCUACGUCAUCUAUGCAGUCAAUAAGAAAUAUUGAUCAAAGAAUUACGAUCAGAAUUGGGUUCUCUAAAAUAAGAAAAUUAUCCAUAAUAAAUAAUCAUAUUAAAAUAAGAAAACAAUACUGUUUAAUAAGAGUUAAUUUUGGAAUAAAAACGACACAGUAACACAUCUUAGAGAGAAUAAUCCGGAAUGGAAAAACUGACUUCUGUCAAAUUACAAUUGGAUAGUUUGUAAACUAAAUAUAAUUUAUUGUUGUCAGAUUAUGAAAAUUUAAAGUAAGAAUAUGAUAGGGAUUUGGAGAAAAUGAAUUAAAAAUAGAAAUAGAUGAUUGAAAAAUAAAAGUUAGCAAAUCAAUAACUGAUUUCUGAUCAUAAUUUAGAGAUAUCAAGAUUAGAAUUUAGAAUCAAGGAACUUACCUUACAAAUGGAAUUAUUGUAAAAAGACAAUUAAUAAAAGGACAAGUAAUUAUUAGAAAUGAAGUAAUUGUUAUUGGAUUUGGAAAACUUGAGGAGAGAUUUGAUUGAAUAAAAAACUAUCAUUGUAUAGAGAGAUCACAAAAUUGAAAUCUUGACUUAGUAAUACAAUGAAUACCUGGAGAGUUCUAAGAAAAAAUAUUCAGAUUUGGAUGACAGAUACAAUAAUUUAUAGGAAUUAUUUAGAAAGGAGUAAGAAAAAAAUGACACUCUCUAUAAAUAAAAUGAGAAGAUGAUAUGGUAUAAGGAGUAGUUUGAUGAAAUGGAGGAGAAGUUAAGAAAUCUCAAAUUAAUAUAAGAAAAUUACAAAAUUGAAAUUAACACUUAUUAGUCAAAGAUUUCAAGAUUAGAAAUUGAAAAUGAGGAAGUUAAACAGAUAAAUAAUUCUAAUGAAUAGGAGAUGACUCAAAUUCAAGCAUAUGCUAGAAAACUAGAAAAGUAAAUUCAAGAAAUUGAAUAUUUAAAAUUAGAAAAUAAAACUUUGAGAGAGACUAAUUUUAGAGAGGCUAUUGCAUUUUAGACUACUACUUAAACUCAUAAUAGAAAAUCUACUUCUUCAAGAUAGGAUGAAUAGGAUUCAGGAUCAAGGGAACCACAAAACAUAUAAACCAAAGGAUUUAAUGUUACAUCUAAAUUUGUUUAGCAAAACUUUAACUACUUAGCCUUCUAAUUAGCAAUUGAAAUAGUAAUUGCACAAAACAAGUAAUCAAAAUUCAAAUCAAAUUCUACAGACUUACGAUGUUUAAAAUGA